CUAACUUUAUUUAUUUCUUAAGAAGAAACAACAACAUGAAAAAAUGAAGAAAAAAGAAGAACGACGACAAGCUCAGUUGCAAGAAUUACAAACGAACAUUGCAACGAAAAAACAACAUCAAAAAAUGAGAGAAGAACGACAACAAGGACAAUUCCAAAAAUUAAAAACUGUGAAGGACUAUCUGAACCCAAUGUCUAAAAUGUCCUUGUCCUCAAAAGAAGAACUUCAGACAAACUAUAGGGACACACUUGAACAUAAGGCAUCAGAAAACAGGGAUGGUGAUGAAAAACUACUAAGGAGGUGGAUGUCUCAAGGCACGGCUUGCCAGACAGGCAGACAUGAGGAUAUAUCUUCAAAACCGUCAUCGGAGGAGAAAGAAUCAGACAAAUUGGAAUCGCUCAGAAAAAGACGUGAGGAACUACAAAAACCGGAAGAUGUCAUUCAUGUUCCUCUCUUCACAAAAGCUUGUAUAGCCCAAGAACGCACACGUAAAGAGUGUAAGGAGUUUGAAGAAAUAAAAGGAAGCAUACAUACAACGGCCUCGUAUGAUGGCAGUACUUCAUCAUGUGUUCUGUCUUGAGUUUUUAACGCAAUGGACAUUUGUUGACGUGAAUACAGAUAGUCGUAGGCAUUUUACCACUUUGGGUUGCGGUACAAAUCGAGUUUAAAUCAUGUUACAAGUUUUAAAAACAAAUAUGUGUUAAUCUAAAGCAUAUCAUUUUACUACUUCCAAUCUAAAACGAAGGAAACAUGAAUCAGUCGUGAUAUUAACUAAGAAAUUUCAUUGUAAACAUGUGGUGAUAGAAUCUGUAAAAUAUUUCUUCCCAAAUCGAUUUUACCUGAUUACGAAAUGACAGAUGAUUUAAGUGUGUAUGUAGAAAUGUCCAUAUGGUAAAUGGUCUAAUGCAUGACGUGUUUAUUAAAACAAUCAACUGGUGUUUUAAAAUUUUCACUUAAUAAUGUUGUUUUAGUUUUGAUUUAGUUUUGAAAUAUGUUUUCGUUUCUAUAUGCCGUUUUUGUUGUACAUCAUCUAUAAUAUUAAAAUUUAUGUUGUAUAAGAGGGAGAUAAUCUUCAAAUUUGGCUGAUGUAGAAUGUCCUUGUAAAUCUUUAUUUUUUUCUCAUUUGAAAACUGAUUUGCUUCAUAUAUCAAUAUAAACCUUCAUCAUUAUACACAAGCCGUAUUAUUUAAUGGACUUUUCCAGUUUGAACAUAAAAGAGUUAAAGGAAAUUGGUUUUAACCUGCAACUCUUGGUCAAAGUCACAAACACUAAAGUUAAAGAAGGAAAAUAACAUCAACUGAAAUGAAUAUUUAGAACCUACUAAGAACUAGUUGGAAAAAUUGUUUAUAUGGACGCUUUUACACGAAAACGUGUCAUAAAUGAAAAGCGUUUUUACACAAAAAAUAAGGCAUAUAAGACAUGUACAUUUCUCUGCCUACUUGCAAUAUCUUUUGUAUUUCCGGAUAGGGACCUAUUUAGGAGCUAUAUACUUCCGGACAGUUUAAUACAUUUGAUAUCUCAUGGUAUUCGAAAAAAUGUUAUCCAACUUCUUUUUGAUAUAGUGGCAUUGAUGAUAACAUUGCACAAAACGAAGGUUUUCAUAGUUUUCAGACAAAUUGAUUGUCAGUGCCUUUUUCUUUGAGAUACCAUUUGCGUUAAAUAUGGUGAGAAAAUCUCCAGAAUUGUCAUUUGUAUAGAGUCUGAGGUAUUGGGGUACAAUCUGUUGUCUAGGAAAUCCUUAAUUUGUCACUCGACCAAGCAUUAGACACAAUGUAUAGGUCUACGAGUCCGAUCAUCGAAAUCCUAACCAAUAUUUUUGACGUAAGUUGAUGAGUAACUGGAUGCGCUAUACUGAUAGAGCCUUACGUUCCCAGUUAAAAGUACAAUGUUGUUUUAUUUAUCAAUGUUUGAAUUUUUUGUAAGACGCAAUUUUUAAAAGGUUUUCAAUUCAAUUUCUCUGCUCACUGAUCGCAUUUCAUAUUCUCUAAACAUCAAAAAGCAUAAAUUUGAUUUUCCCAGCGUAGCUCCUUUUUUUAAUUACAGCAACUUCCAAAGACAAAUUGACAGUCAGAUUGGUUAAAAGCAAUAAAACAUUUGUUACAUGAAAUUUUGUUGCCUGGAUAUUAUUGCAAAUGCAUCUAAAAAAAACGGUGAGGUGUUUAUGGCGUUGGACUGUCCAGAAUUGUAACCUCUGUACAAGUCCCUAUUCCAGAGUAAGUAGUGCAUGACAAAAUAAUGCAUGGUAUUCAUUUUAUCGCCAUAUUCACAAUAUUGUGUGUUAUGGUCAAUAAUGUUUACAAAAUAUUACAAAUUACAAAAGAGCUCUUUUUUCAUGAUUAUAAUGAUACCGGCAGUAAGGCGACAAUGUUUAUCAAGCCUAUAUAAAAAAAAAAUGUACAUGGUCUUUUUUGUCUCGUGGAAUGAAAAACGAGUUGCUAAAGGUAGUAUUUUUUCAUUGUUAGGCUGUUGCACUGAGAAAAGUGCUUCCUUGGCAUAUUGAAUACUUGUUAUAAAAAGCAUUCAUGUUGAAAAAGAUAUUACUGUACUCGUAGACAAAUGUGUCAACUUAAAAGUACUAUUUUUUCUGUUCUAACACAUUUGAGUGAAACAAGGCCAAAUGACAUUAUUGAUCUUUUUUCUAUUUUUAGUUCUUUUUUGUUGUUCUUGUUUUUUUUUGUACUUCAAACCAUUUAUCAUUUGAAGUGCCAUUGUGUUUUAUAUGAUAUAAUAAUUUAUAUAUUUAUUUUCGUAUUCAAAUUAAAUUUCAAAACGUAUUUUGUUAAGGAAAAUAUGUUCAAGGGAAUUCCUAUAGUUUUUAUGCGCAUCUUUCUGCGCAGCCGACACUUUCUAUGGAAAACUGAACUGAAGUCAACAUUUGUUGAAGCAUGUGACAGACAAUCUUGAAUAUGAGGAAUCUUGAAUGAAAUAACAAUUUUGAUAAGUUUUAUCAGUAAUCAAAUGUUGAUACUGGUUUAUGUUGUAUUGACAAGUAUCGUGCCUGACAGGUAUCUUGCUAUUUUUGUGGUUGUGUUUUCACAUCGCAUUUUAGUAAAAAGACAGUGGUGUUCAUAUAAUGUAAGAUAAUUGACUUAGUACUGAUAAAACAAUAUCACCAUUCAGAUUAUUAUGUAUUCAAGUAUAAAAAUAAUUAAGAUUUUUUCAAUUUUUUAACUUCUAGCAGACAUACAUGUAAUCAAUUUGACCAGGUUCGCGCCAUUUAGCCAUUUUAUGCUCACAAUACAAUUAUCUAUACACAAGAAAAACAGGAAAAAAUUGAAAAAAAAAAUUCUUCACUAUGGGUAUUUUUCAUUUAAAAAGGUUCACAAAAGUGAAUAUGAAACUCUUUUUUUUCAUUUGUACCCUCUAUUGUAAGGAUAGAGUAUUAAUAAUAUGACUAUGAUAUCAAAUAAAUAUAUAAUAAAAUCUGUAAAAAGAAAAACAAUCCUUACUGUGCUGUUUUGAUGUAUAUUUUGGUUGGUAUUUAUAAAAAAGCAGAAAAAUAUGAAAAUGUUGAAAAAUCGCUGGCAGUUUUAGCGACAGUGGGUGUGUUCAAAACAAUUUUUCACAAAAACAAGACUGGUGACCCAUUGUUUUUAUUUGUUCAUUGUUUUCAGCUCAAAUUUUCCUAUCAUAUAAGUGAAUAAAAAAAAUCUAUGAAAGGAAAUAAACUGUAGGAAUUCUCUUUAAAUGAAUGACCAUUGAGUAUUUUAGAUAACCGAGACGUUCCAAAAUCUGUAGUGUCCGCAACGGUGCUUAUUGUACAAUACACCAGCGCGAUUAGAAAGAAAAUUGACAAUAUGUUAACCCGCUGAAACAAUUUUCUUUAUAUACUCAGCGUCACUGGAAAGUUACCACCCUAAUGGCCAAUAUAUUUUAAAAAUCGCAUUGGAUUGUAUUAAAAGCAUAACUCGACUACAUUUAUGACGCAACAGAGACGUGGUGUAAAGAUUUGUCAAAUUCGAUGAGUUCCAUUUGAGGCACGGGCUGCACGUGAUAAAAUGACUUUUUCGAGCAAUGUCGACAUGUACGAAAAUUCUAUCACAAAUCAUUCAUCACACUUGAAAGUUAGUCGACAGACUAAAAGGAAUACGUUAAAAAUACAGAAUAUCUUUGCUAACAAUGCCACGUUUAAGGCACGAUCAACGCCAUCACGCCAUUUUCGUGGUUGACGCCGAACUUUCAUGUCGUGAAAUUGCACGUCGUUUGUGCUGUUCUCACCUGACAGUCAUGGAAUAAGCUAGGAGACAUAAUCAGACAGGGUCUAUGAGUAACAGACCGCGCACAGGCCAUGAAAAAAUGACGUCGAUAUUGUAUAAAAAUAAAGAGGUAUACAUUAAAUGGUAACUUUUCAAUGACGCCCAGUAUAUUUCUGACACAUUUUGUUUCAAUAUUUAACUUAGCAUUCCGCAACGUUGUAGUGUCUGCAGCGCACAACGGUGCCAACCAUUGUAUUGUUCAUUAUCUUACUUUUAUUAACCUUUCAACAAGAAUAACUGGCUAAUAUUUUAAAAUGUACACUAAGGCAGAUUCCAUUCAAUCAUAAAAUCAAUUUUUCCUAGUUUAUACUUUGAAACUUAAAUAAACAUGUGAUGUAGUUAAAGGUGGUUUGUUAUCCCCCGACGAAAGUCGGAGGGAUGUAGUUUUGGCGUCGUCCGUCCGUCUGUCCGUCCGUCUUUCCGUCCGUCCGUCCGUCCGUCCGGAGUCAUAUCUAGGAAAUGGUUGGGAAUAUUUAUUUAAAACUUCAUAUACAUGUUCACCACAAUGAGUUCUUGCGGCCCGUCAAGUUUCAGUCAGGUUGCCCAAGUAACACUAGAGUUAUGGCCCUUAGAAGUUUCUAGUGUUAACUAUAUAGGGUACUAUAAAUAUAGCAAUUUCUGCAUCAUAACUUUUGAUAUAUGUGACCUAGAACUAUGAAACUUAAACAGAAUUUAGAUCACCAUAAAGUGGUUGUGUACACACAAUUUCAUUCGGAUUUAUGUGUAAAUUAAGAGUUAUUGCCCUUUAAUUGUAUAAAAAUCCACAUAUUUGUACAUAACAAAGUUACCAUUUGGUAGUAUUUCAUUGAAUUUCUUUCAUUCCUUUCCAUGAACAUUUAUUGUAAACAUGUGAAGUUGUGUACCCACACCUGGUCACCCCCUUACCUUGAUCACACACCUCCACCCCCACCAUCCCCCGACCCCCACCCUCCGAAAAAAAAUAGAAAUCUUUCCUUUUUUUAGAUUUUUUUUCAAACAAACUUCAUAUACAUGUUCACCACUAUAUAUGAGGUUAUGGGGCCCAUUAAGUGUUAGACAGAUUGCCCAAGUAACACCAGAGUUAUGGCCCUUAGAAGUUUCUAGUGUUAACUAUAUAGUGUACUGUAGAUCUAUAGAUAUGGCAAUUUCUGCAUCAUAACUUUUGAUAUAUUUGACCUAAACUAUGAAACUUUAACAGAAUUUAGAACACUAUAAUGUGGUUGUGCACAGACAAUUUUGUACGGUUUUCUUUUGUAACUUCAGAGUCAUUGCCCUUUAAUUGUCUAAAAAUCCACAUAUUUGUACAUAACAAACUUACCAUUUGACAGAAUUUCAUUAAAUUUCUUUCAUUCUUUUCUGUGAACAUUUAUUAUAAACAUGUGAAGUUGCGCACCCAAACCUGGUCACCCACUUGCCUUGGUCACACCCCCUCCCCCUCUCAAACCCCCUCCCCCCUACCCCCGCCCCCCCCCCAAAAAAAAAAAUAAUAAAACAAUUUCAUUUCUUAUUUUAUAUUUUAUAUUUUUUCAAACCUUCCAAGUUGUACCAUUCCCUCACCUCACUUCUCCACCCAGUCAUGCCCACCACUGAUCAUGCAUUCUCUGCACCCCCCCCCCCCCCCCCCAACUUUACCCUUUUACCUUUUUUUUUUUUUUUUUUUCAUUUUUAAUUUUCAAUCAAUAUUUAUAGUUAACAUAUGAAAUUUUGUUUCCUCUCCCGUUCCCCUGCUCCCCCACCCCCUAAAAAAUAAAUAUAUACAUAUAUCUAUGUACAUACAUAUAUUUCCAUUCCUUUUUUUUAAAAUGUUCAAACCUUCAACAUGUUAAGUUGUGACUGCACAGACCUUGCCCUCAGCCAUGUUAAAGAUAUCUUACCUGUGUUCUCUUAAGAACAUCUGUUCUUUUAAGUUCAAAUGUACAUGUUAAACAGCAACACUUGGUGCCAAACCAGUCAAAGACAAUAUUUCGUUCCAGUUAAACUUAAAGCUCACAUUUCAAUUAACUGCAUUUAAUUUUAAAAGCUAAGCUUAUUACAGUAAGCAUAUCCCAUUCAAAAAAAAUUCUUUAGUCAGGAUCAAAGUAUCAUACAUUUAUUAUGUGUUCUUUAAUUAAACAUUUGUUUUCUGUUAAAUUGACUUUGACUAAUGAAAUUAUUUGCCUCUUAUUAACAUCCUUAACUUUUUGCCGGAUAUAUCUUUUUGCCAUUCCUCACCACAAACCCUUUCGGCGGGGGAUACCAAUUCAUCGAAUUUGCUUGUUAUUAUUAGGAAGAGUCAAAUGUUUUGAUGAUUCAUCAAAUAGAAUUAAUAACGAUGGAAUUUAAUUUUUGCGUGUGUUACGAAUACUUCUCAAUAUGCACUUGACAACUGUUACUACAGAUCUGUAACUCUGUAGACAAAACAAACAUAUUGCACUUUUGUAUCCACGCUGAUAACCUAUCUGUCAAUAAGUUAUUGGAAAAGGUUAUCUUCUUUCAAUGUUAAUGGUUGUUAUGAUUGGCACUUUGUACUUGUUGUAGCGUUUGCAUUGCAUACGAGUGAUCAGUUCAUUUGAUUUGAGCAAAUUAUAGGUGGAAGAAAUUCACAAGGCCCACAUAUUUAUCAAUAUAUAUUGUUUAAAUGUUUUUGAUUUCUUUUAUGCAUUAUUUCUAAAUCUGUUAAGUGUUUGCAAACAAAUAUCUUGUUUUUUAAAAAUCAAAAUAUGUACAAAAUAGGUACUUUACUGAGAGAGACUCAGAUAUGUGAUAUUUCAUUUCAUCCUAAUAAUGAAUUUGUUGUUGUUGUUGUUUUGUUUUAUAAGAAUAAUUUCUUAAAAUUGCAAAUGUAGUGGUUAUAAAUGUAUUUUAACCGGGUUAUUUCGUGUGUCAUCCAUAUUAUAUGUAUACAUAUUAUUUUUGCAUUGCGUCUUCAGAUUCCAUUUAAAUCAUUGACUUAAGAACAACGUGGUGUAUAUAAAGUGAUUUCUUUGGUAUUGGUCUUGAUUGUAAUUAUUUAACUCAUUCAUAGAUAUCUCGAAUUUUUUUAUAUAUUGCAUACAAUAAUAGCAACAAAAUCUAAAGGAAUCAACUGCUUUAAAUAAUCUACAUUUCCUCAAAUAACUGCGAUGAUUAAUUUUAGAGUGCAUUUGCUCUCAUUAACUGAUUUUAGAUCUGAUGGUAGAUUCCUUUCUGCACAUUAUUGAAAUAUUACUAUUGUUGGCUAUGAAAGAUUUUUAUAUUUCUUACGUGUGAUAAGAUCGGUCGCUCGUCAAAUAAGUGUUUUUAUUGAUAACAGUUAAGCAAUGGUAAACUGUAUAAAUAAAACUUAAAAUAAUUGAUGCAUGUUUGCUUAAUCGAUUUUCUAAUGCUUUCUGAACUUUUGUGUCGUCUGUAUGCAAUAUGUACUGAUAAAUUUUGAUAUAGCAAUCUUUCUCUUUAUAUAAGUCUUCUCUGAAAAUAUGUAUUCACCUCCUUUUAAACACUGUAUGUUCAUGUUUGUAUAUAACACGAAUCAAAUAUACUCGUGUGAACACAGGAACUUGGGUGUUUGGACCAGUUGAAAAUACGGACCAAUCUUUUAUCAUUCUGUUGGUGAAUAAAAGGAUUGAUUUUAAUUAAACUGUUAUCUUGGGAGGUGUUAUGUUGUUUUCCAAAUUGUAGAGCAGGACCGAGUCGAAGCCAGUCCAAACACAAGGUUCUGUGAUACUAGUGUGCAAUCUUUUGUAAAAAGCUCUAGUGACCCAGUUCUGAUACUAACGCAAAGCCGUUUUACCGGUUCAGCUUAUUCAGAUAUCAUAUUACACGUUGCAGGAAAGCAAAUGUACUUUAUUGAAACAACAUUGUAUAUUCAAAUAUGAUGCACAUAUAUAAAUCAGUUACAUAUUUCAAUUGAUAACGCGUGGCGUGUGUAUUUGGUAGAAAUGUUUCUUUUACUUUUUUAUUUAAUCCGUGUUUUAUAUUUCAAAUGUUUAUUCUUUAAAACGACGAAAUAGUCCAUUUGUCGUUGUCAGAGAAAACAGCAAAUUGUAGCUAAUCGAACAUCUCGGGAAUGUUCCGCAGUUCGGGUCAAUAUAAUUUGCAGCAGUUUAUAUGCGAUGUCAGAUUUUGUUUUUAAAGGCUAUGCAUUUGGACUGUAGAUAUUUGAUGUUAAAAGCUUUCGAAUAAAUUGUUUCAUCAUU